AUGUAUCGUGGCACUACCGGAGAAAUACCCGUGGUGUAUGCUAAUACGCAUACUCGUCUGAGCGAAGCGUUCUUGGAAGCCUGCAAGGAAAAUGGCUACCCCAUCAUUGACUACAACGGAAGAUCACAGGCGGGGUGCUCCAGACUGCAAGCCAAUAUGCUCCACGGCGAGCGCUGCAGCGCUAGCAAAUGUUUCAUCACUCCUAUACUACAUAGGAAAAAUUUGCACAUUUCUCUACACAGCCAUGCUACAAAGGUGCUUUUUGAUCGAAAACGUGCCACCGGAAUACGUUUUGUCAAUCACGGUAGGGUGUACCAAGUUAACGCUACUCGCGAGGUGGUCAUCUCGGCCGGAGCCAUCGGUUCUCCUCAGUUGCUCUUGCUGUCAGGCAUCGGCCCUCGUCAUGACCUGGAGCAGCUGAAGAUUCCUGUCGUCGCUGAUCUACCGGUGGGCGAAAACCUUCAGGACCAUAUGCACGUCAACGGCAUCGCUGGCACGCUUCGUUGGCCAACCGGCAUUAACAUUUUCAGGCUUUCGACGGUGACUAACUACACGUUGAAGCGCUCAGGUAACGACACCUUCAUGUUCACCGGAAAGAAAAACUAA